AUGGCCGCUCAUCCGUUCAAAUUCUUGCUGGUGGCGUCCGCCGCCGUCGCCAUGCUGCUUUCGCCGACUGGCCAGUCCGGGUUGCCGGGCCUUGCACAGGCACAGGCGCAGAGCGUGGUUUCCGUCGGCCGCAACACCUCGGGCAGCGAGCGCAUCAUGCUCGGACUCGACAAGUCGCUGGUGAUCGACCUGCCUGCCGAUGCCCAUGACAUUCUGGUCGCCAAUCCGGCGGUCGCCGACGCGGUCUCCCGGACCGCGCGGCGCAUCUACCUUUUUGGCAAGUCCGUCGGCGAAACAAACAUCUUCGUCUUCGACCGCAAUGGCGAACAGCUGGUCAGUCUCGAUCUGCGCGUCGAACGCGAUGUCGCCGGGCUCGACCGCUAUCUGGAGCGGUUCAUUGCAGGGUCGGACAUCAAGACCGAGAUCAUCAACGACAAUAUCGUCCUGACCGGCACGGUCCAGACGCCGCAGGACGCUGCCAAGGCGGCCCAGCUUGCGGAAAUCUUCGUCAAGGGCGGCGAUGCCACCACCCAGGAAACCGGCUUCUUCUUCGGCCGGCUGGGCAACAGCCAGAUCGUCAAUCUGCUCGAAAUCACCGGCGGAGACCAGGUGACGCUGAAGGUCACGGUGGCCGAAAUUCAGCGUUCGGUCAUGAAGCAGCUCGGCACCAGCCUUUCGGUGACCGGCUCGAGCGGCGACAUCACCUUCGGCGUCGUAAACGAGGGCAGCUACGGUGCCCACGGCAAGCCGUUGAACGGCAACGGACUGAGCCUUGGCGGCAAUUUCAGCGGCGGCGGCUUUGGCAGUGUGAAUCUCAACGCCCAGUUCCGCGCCAUGGAAGAGGCCGGCGUCAUGAAGACGCUCGCCGAACCGACCCUGACCGCCGUGUCGGGCGAAAAGGCGAUCUUCCGCGCCGGCGGCGAAUACAACAUCGUCAAUGGCUCCAGCGUCGACGACGAUGGCCGCGUCAUCGUCAAUUACCGGCAGAUCGACUACGGUGUCGGCCUCGAAUUCACGCCGGUCGUCCUGUCGCCGGGCCGGAUCAGCCUCCAGAUCCGCACCUCGGUCUCCGAGCCCACCUCGGAAGGCUCGGUCAGUGGCCUUGCCGGCAAUGUCAGCGUCCUUUCGCUGCGCAAGCGGCUCGCUGACACGACCGUCGAGCUGCCGUCGGGCGGCUCGAUGAUGAUUGCCGGCCUGCUGCGCGACGAUGUCCGCCAGGUCGUCUCUGGCUUUCCCGGACUGUCCAAGGUGCCGGUCCUGGGCGCGCUGUUCCGCAGCCAGGACUAUAUCCGCGCCGAAACCGAGCUUGUGAUCGUUGUCACGCCCUAUCUGUCGCGACCGGUCGCCGCAUCGCAACUUGCGCGUCCGACCGACAAUUUCAAUCCGCCAUCCGAUGCCCAGGCCGCACUGCUGACCCGUGUCAACCGCAUCUAUGGCAGCCAGUCCCAAGAACCGCCGCCCGGCCGCUACCACGGCGCGAUCGGCUUCAUCUACAACCUUUUGGCCGGUUGCGCGACCGGCACCGACAAUAUCGCCGUCAGUUCGGUUUCGGACGAUUAUCGCACCAACCAUCCGAUCGUCAUCUCGGAGCGGGAGCAGACGCUCGACGUGGCCGUGGCCAGCGGCGCCCGCACGCUCAACCCGGCGACGCAAAGCAACAUCACCGCCUUCGCCCGCACCUUCAAACAGUCGCGGACCGGCGUUCUGCAUGUCCUGCUGCCGUCCAACUCGCCCAACGAGCACGCCGCCGAUCGUGUGCGCGAAACCAUCAUCGAUGCGAUCGAGCGAGGCGGCGCCAGCCGCAACGACGUGUCGAUCCAGCACUAUGAUGCCAGCGGGCAUGGCGCCGCCGCUCCGGUCCGGCUGUCCUUCCACGGUGUCACCGCCGACGUUCCGAAACCCUGCGGUCAGUGGACCGGGAACCUGGCCGAGACCGCGCAGAACCGCCACUACAGCGAUUUCGGCUGCUCCACCCAGAAAAACCUCGCCGCUCAGAUCGACAAUCCGAACGACCUUCUUGGGCCCCGUGCGAUGUCGCCGAUCGACGCCGCCCAGCGCGGUGUGGUGAUCGGCACCUAUCAGAGCGGGCCGACCGGAAAGGCCUCCGAGUCCUUGGCGGCGGCGCCCGAAGAGGCCGAUGCGCUUCAGCAGGUGCGGCCGGUGCCGCGCAUUUCCGUGCAGGCGUUCUGCGAGACCCAGGCCGUGGCAUCGACCAUCGAGCGCAUGGCCGAAGACAGGCGGAUGUCGAAGGCGCAGACGCGCGUCUACAUGGGCGGUCUUGCCGCGGCCGUCGAAUUCUACCAGACCGCACCCACGCCCAAUCUGAUCUUUAUUGAAAUCGCCUGCGGCCGCGACGAACUGAUGGCGCGGCUCAACGAACUGGCCGAUGUCUGCGAUCCUUCCAGCCGCGUCGUCAUCAUCGGCCAUCACAACGACAUUGCGCUCUACCGCGAGCUGAUCCGCGCGGGCAUUUCCGAGUACAUGGUCGCGCCGGUCUCGCUUGCCGAUCUGAUGAGCACGAUUUCGGGUCUGUUCGCCGAUCCCGAAGCCGAUCCGAUCGGACGGUCGAUCGCCUUUGUCGGUGCCAAGGGCGGCGUCGGCGCCUCGACCAUCGCCCACAAUGUGUCCUGGGCGAUCUCGACACUGUUCGAGAACGAGGUCGUGGUCGUCGACAUGGACCUGCCCUUCGGGACAGCCAACAUCAACUUCGACCAGGAUCCCGCGCAGGGCAUUGCCGAAGCCGUUUUCUCGCCCGAGCGUCUGGACGAGGUUUAUCUGGACAGGCUGCUCGCCAACUGCGCCGAGAACCUGUCGCUUCUGGCGGCGCCGUCGACGCUGGAUCGUUCCUACGAUUUCGGCGCCGAUGCCUUCGGCAACCUGAUCGACAUCGCACAGCGCACCGCGCCGGCGGUUGUUCUCGACGUGCCGCACGGCUGGAACGGCUGGACCAAGGCGACGCUCACCCAUGCCGAUGAAGUGGUGAUCGUCGCCGCUCCGGAACUGGCAAAUCUGCGCAAUACCAAGAACCUGAUCGACACGUUGCGCGGACUGCGUCCGAACGACUCGCCGCCGCGGUUGGUGAUCAACCAGGUCGGCGUGCCCAAGCGGCCGGAAAUCUCCGUUGGCGACUUCAGCGAUCCGCUCGAGGUCGAGCCGGCGGCCGUCAUUCCGUUCGACGCGCAGCUUUUCGGCAACGCCGCCAAUUCGGGCCGCAUGCUGGCCGAAACCGAUGCCGCGAGCCCCGUGGUGGCCACGCUGGGCCAACUCGCUCAUCUGGUGACGGGCCGCUCGGUGUCCGUGCCCAAACACAAGCCCGGACUUCAGGCGCUGCUGGCGCGGCUGAAGAAGCACAGCGGGAACGGCCGGACGGGCCGGUUCGGCGGGAUCGACGCACGACGCCCCUCCCAGCGCAACGAAUCAUAUUACGACACCAAGACGCAGGUUUUCUCCGCGCUGAUCGAAACGAUCGAUCUGUCGCAGCUCGCCAAGCUUGAUGGUGACAGUGCGCGCGAGGAAAUCCGCGACAUCGUCAACGACAUCAUCGCGAUCAAGAACUAUGCGAUGUCGAUCGCCGAGCAGGAGGAGCUGCUCGAGGACAUCUGCAACGACGUUCUGGGCUACGGCCCUCUCGAGCCUCUGCUGGCCCGCGACGAUAUCGCCGACAUCAUGAUCAACGGGCCGGACAGCGCCUAUAUCGAAGUGGACGGCAAGGUCCAACACGCCGACGUCAAGUUCCGCGAUGCCCAGCAAUUGCUUUCCGUGUGCCAACGGAUCGUCAGCCAGGUGGGCCGGCGUGUCGACGAAUCGAGCCCGAUCUGCGACGCGCGUCUCGCCGACGGCAGCCGCGUCAACGUCAUCGCCCCGCCACUGGCCAUCGACGGCACCGCACUGACGAUCCGCAAAUUCAAGAAGGACAAGCUGACGCUCGAUCAGCUGGUCAAUUUCGGAUCGAUCUCGCCUGAGGGUGCCACGCUGCUCCAGAUCAUAGGCCGGGUGCGCUGCAAUGUGGUGAUUUCCGGCGGCACGGGCUCGGGCAAGACGACGCUUCUCAACUGCCUGACGCGCUACAUCGACGAGGAUGAGCGCAUCAUCACCUGCGAGGAUUCGGCAGAACUGCAGCUGCAGCAGCCGCAUGUCGUGCGGCUUGAAACCCGCCCGCCCAACCUCGAGGGCGAAGGCCAGAUCACCAUGCGCGAUCUCGUCAAGAACUGCCUUCGCAUGCGUCCCGAGCGGAUCAUCGUCGGCGAGGUGCGCGGACCGGAAGUGUUCGACCUGCUGCAGGCCAUGAACACCGGCCAUGACGGGUCCAUGGGCACCAUCCACUCCAACUCGCCCCGCGAAUGUCUCAGCCGUAUCGAAUCGAUGAUCGCCAUGGGCGGCUUUUCGCUGCCCCAGCGCACCGUGCGCGAAAUCAUCGUCGGCUCGGUCGACGUCAUCGUUCAGGCGGCACGCCUGCGCGACGGCUCGCGCCGGAUCACCCACAUCACCGAGGUGGUCGGCAUGGAAGGCGACGUGAUCAUCACCCAGGACCUGAUGCUUUACGACAUGCAGGGUGAGGACACCAACGGCAAGAUCCUCGGCAAGCACCGCUCGACCGGCAUCGGCCGUCCGGCCAUGUGGGACAGGGCCCGUUACUACAAUGAGGAGCAGCGUCUGGCGGCGGCGCUCGAUUCCAUGGAAACGGUCCAGAACUGA